GACGUAACAGAGCACGCCUCAGCCCGUCACCCUCACCCAUCCACACUCCUUUCUCCCUCAAUCAGCUCCUUAAAUUCACACACACCCAACAGACACCAACCAGCGCCCAUCAGUCACCCGCGCCGGACAUCCCUCGCGCUAGCUGCCAGUCGUCGUCGCCACGCCACCAUGGUGUUCGCCGCGAGCGGCGGCAGCUCGCCGGCGACGGCGGCGCCGGGGAGCGCUCUGGGCGUGAUCCUGACGCGCGGGUUCGCCCGGCAGGUGCUGGUGGGGCGGUGGUUCACGGUGUUGGCGAGCCUGCUGAUCAUGGCGUCGUCCGGCGCGACGUACGUCUUCGGGAGCUACUCGGGCGCGCUCAAGUCGUCGCUCGGGUACGACCAGCGCACGCUCAACACGGUGUCCUUCUUCAAGGACCUCGGCGCGAACCUGGGCGUCCUCCCGGGGCUGCUCAACGAGGUGACGCCGCCGUGGGUGGUGCUGGCCACGGGCGCCGGCAUGAACCUGUUCGGCUACCUCAUGGUGUACCUGGCCGUGUCGGGGCGCACCGCGCGCCCGCCGCCGUGGGCCGUGUGCGCCUACUUCUUCGUGGGCGCCAACUCGCAGGCGUUCGCCAACACGGGCGCGCUCGUCACGUGCGUCAACAACUUCCCCGAGACCCGCGGCGUGGUGCUCGGCAUCCUCAAGGGAUUCGUCGGCCUCAGCGGCGCCGUGUACGCGCAGCUGUACCAGGCGCUGUACGGCGGCGAGGACGCCGAGUCGCUCAUCCUGCUCGUCGCCUGGCUCCCCGCGGCCGUGUCCGUCGCGUUCGUCCACACCAUCCGCUACAUGCCGUACCCGCGGCGGCGGCGCAGCGGCGGCGGCGGUGGGCAGGAGACGAGCUCCGACCCCUUCUUCUGCUUCCUCUACCUGUCCAUCGCGCUGGCGUGCUUCCUCCUCGUCAUGAUCGUGGUGCAGGGGCAGGUGCCCUUCUCCCGCGCCGCGUACGGGGUCGCCGCCGCGCCGCUGCUCAUCCUCCUCCUCAUGCCCCUCGGCGUCGUCGUCAAGCAGGAGUACAAGAUCUACCGCGAGCGCCAGCUGGACGCCGCCGCCGACCCGCCCCCUACCAUCGCCGUCGUGGACGCCGGCGCUCCACCAGUACCGUCCAGCGUCCAGAUGUCAUCAGCAGCCGCCACCGCCGCCGUUGAGGAGACAGAGCAGCAGCAGCAGGCGGCGACGUCGAGCGCGUCGUCGUCGUGUUGCCUGGGGUCGUUGGGUGGUUGGGGCGUGAGGACCAUGUUCCGGCCGCCGGCCCGGGGCGAGGACUACACGAUCCUGCAGGCGCUGGUGAGCGUGGACAUGCUGGUGCUGUUCGUGGCGACCACCUGCGGGAUGGGCGGCACGCUGACGGCGAUCGACAACAUGGGGCAGAUCGGCAAGUCGCUGGGGUACCCGGCGAAGAGCGUCAACACGUUCGUCUCCCUGAUCAGCAUCUGGAACUACGCGGGGCGCGUGGCCGCCGGGUACGUGUCGGAGGCGGCGCUGGCGCGGCACCGCGUGCCACGGCCGCUGCUGCUGACCGGGGUGCUGCUGCUGGCGUGCGCGGGGCACGCGCUGAUCGCGCUGGGCGCGCCGCGGUCGCUGUACGCGGCGUCGGUGGUCGUCGGGUUCUGCUUCGGCGCGCAGUGGCCGCUGGUGUUCGCCAUCGUCUCCGAGCUGUUCGGGCUCAGGCGCUUCUCCACGCUGCACAACUUGGGCGGCCUGGCCAGCCCCGUGGGGUCGUACAUCCUGAACGUGCGCGUGGCGGGGCGGCUCUACGACGCGGCGGCCGCGCGGCAGCGCGGCGGGAGCGGGAGGGUGUGCCUCGGGGUCGAGUGCUACAGGCGGUCGUUCCUCAUCAUCACGGCGGCCACGGCGGCGGGCGCGCUGGUGUCGCUGGUGCUGGUGUGGCGGACGUGGCGGUUCUACAGGGGCGACAUCUACGCCCGGUUCCGGGAUGGCGACGGGCGCCUGCCGGUGGACCGGCAGCAGGAGGAGAGGGAGAAGGCGACAGCGGCCAACGGUAGGUAGGAAGGGAUGAUGAGGCAGAGCGGAGAGCGGGAGAGGAGGAGGCCAGCUCGGAUGGUUGACAUGGUCAGCCCGAUGCGGUGGCUUGAUUCCACUGGCGGGUUUGACUGGUGUCUCAGUUUUUCUACGGCUAUCGCAGCUGACGUGGGAGCUAAUUGUACGGCCUAAGUGGUGAGGCCACGUUAGACGAAGUGCAAAAGCAAUGCAAAAUUAUACGGAAGGCCGCCAGUUUGAAGGAUGACGAGUGGGGGUCUACAUGUGAAUAUACUUUUGUUACGUUCACU